AUGGCAUCGACCUCGCGUGUAAGGCUAGCACCCACAUCCCCUCCACUCCGAAGACAGUUAACACCUGAGCCUCAGGAUACACCAUCUAAGCGAAUGCGCAUCCUGUCGAGUUCGCUAGCAUCCACGUCCUCCGGAUCCUUCCUAGUUUCAAAAAACCCCUACACAUCAAGUACACCUUUCCCUCGAAUGCUCGAAAAAGCACCGCUGAAUUUAACAGAACCAGACUGGAAUUUGAUACAACCAGGAGCGCCACCAUACGACUCUCACUCACAGCUUGUGGAAGAGAACCGAAAGCUUUCCAAUUCCCUAGAAUAUGCGAAGGAUUACAUUCUAGCAUAUGGAGAACGAGAAGAAACUUACGCAGCUCAGAUGGUGUUACAGGAUAUGACCCUCUCGAAGAUGAACCGUGCUCUCCAUGCAAAAGAAAAGAAGAGGGCAGAAAAACCUGAUAACGAGGUAUUGCCCAAUGAGGGAAUGGGCCGACUAUGGACAGAUACAAGGAUCCUUGAAUUCCAACAGACGAAGAAGGCAAGUAAGGCAAAAGAGGAUGCAGAGAGGGAGGAACGAAAAAGGAGAAAAGCUUUGAACAAGGUAGCAAAAGAGACAGCUGAGAAUGAGUGGAAGAGUAUCAAGAAAAAGCACGAUGAGGCAGUCCAAAAAUGGUCGGCAGUAUGUGCAAGUCUGCGUAUCAAAGGAGCGAAGGUGAAAGAGCUUCCGAAAAAGCCUACGCGCAUGACAAAAAAAGACCUUAUGGCCCAUUGUAGCAGUAAUGUCUCGGACGGGAGUGAGGAUUCAGACGACGACGAAAGUGAUCGAAGCAAUUAG